GCCCAUCCUCCCGUUUCCUCCCCCCCACCUCACCCCUCCGCCAACUUCUCCCCCGGUUGUGGAUAUGGCUAUCCAGCUCAGCUCGCAUUGCGUCUUCGCUACGGUUCAUGUUCAUGUGGUUGCUGGAUGCUAACUGGGAGUCGUCGGUGUCGCGCAGAAAAUUCCGUACAUACAUACCCCACCGCCGUCCGAGAUGUCGUCCACGGAGGACGACAUGUUGUCCAGCUCGUACUCGCGGCCAAACCUCUCUCCCGUAAACUCGCAAUCGCAGCGGAAGCUCCUGGUGGUCGUCAACUCGUCGGGCCGGCAAGCCUCGUCGGUGAUCCGGGUGGCCUCCGCCGUCGGCUACCGCGUACGCGGCCAGCUACGCAGCAUCAAGAAGAACGCCCAGCUCUCGGCGGAGCUCUCGUCGCUGAAGGACGUGGAGCUGGUGGAAGGAUCCCUGGAGGACCCCGCGUUCGUGGGCACGCUGUUUGAGGGCGCGGACCUGGCCUUCAUCAACACCACGCCGUACGGAUGGACCGAUGAGGUGCAGACGGGCAAGAGCCUUGCGGAUGCGGCGAAGAAGGCCGGCGUUGCCUUCUUCGUCUACUCGGGAUUGACGGACCACUCGAAGCACAAGGACCGCGCCCUGCCCGCCCUGCCCCUGUGGUCGACUAAGUUUGAGGUCGAGGAAUAUAUUCGCGAGUUGGGCAUCCCGGCCGCUUUCCCGUAUGUGGGCUGCUACCACAAUAACUUUUCGUCGCGUCCCUACCCGCUGUGGCAACUUACGCCGAUUCCGGAUGGGAGCUUUGAGUGGAGGACGCCGUUCCCGGCCGACGUUGGGAUCCCCUUCAUCGACACGGAACACGAUCUUGGGGCCGCGAUAAUUCAGAUUCUAAAGGAUGGCCCGCGGAAGUGGAAUGGAAAGCGGAUUGCCCUUGCGUUCGAAGUCCUGACGCCGCCAGAAGCCUGCGAACACUUUUCGCGAGGCCUCCAACGACCGGUCCGCUACGUGAAUGCCCCGUGUGAGAUUAAGAUUCCCAUUCCGGAUGGCUACCGGGACCAACUGGAGAGCAUUGUGCACACCCUGUGCGAGAACAAAGGAGAAUACUUUAGACCGGAGAUGGAGUGCCCGAAUACAGCGCGUCGUCUCUGGCCCGGCUGGCGGGGAUUGGAGGAGUAUGCCAGGGAAACGUGGCCGCUGGAGGAAAAGCAGAACGGGGCAACAUGGGCUGAGGGGGUCAGUGGGCUCGUCACGCCCGCUGAGGAGCUCGAACAAGGCCUGGAGUUUGCUGCAUGACUAGCCGACCAAUGGGAAGGUUAAGCCGAUAGCCUUCUUUCAAUCACUGCAAUCACUGCCAGGACACAUACACACACUCACGACGGAUGGACAUUUCUUAACGACGGUACUAUAUCAUGGGACUUCUUACUACGGGAUUUUACUAUUGCAUUUGGGGGAGAAGGGGAGGGGGAGGGGGAGGGGGAGGUAGGAUGAAAAGAGCGGGUGGGGGAUGGAGGAUACAGCGGAUCAUCAAACACCGAAAAAAGUUAAUAACUUGAGUUUUUUUCCUUUCUUUUCCAUUCCUUGAGAUUGGAUUGCGUCUUUUUGCGUACUCUUGCAAGCCCCC